AUGAACGACACUUUGGACGAUGCAGUUGCCCGUGCCCAGGCUCGAGAGGCGAAAGAGUCGCUUCGGGCGAACCAAGAUGUACAAUCAUACCACCUGGGUGGCCCACCGGAGCCCUGGGAAACUGCUCUUGGGGACACAGGGGAACGAGUGGGCCGACAAGGACGGAUGGUUAUGGAAUAUGCGGCCAAAAUGAAUGCCAUGGGUAUCAACGAGAAGAGCCUCGCGGGACAGAACAAUCCCAUGGCGGAUCACGUCGCCACCAUCGGCCAGGACAAGAUGCGCCUCCUUUCCAGUAAUCCCGUAGUCCACGCUCCUACCAUGGGAGAUCUUGGAGGUGCAGGGGGUGCUCCGACUUCAGAUGCGGUUGCUGAAGCAGAAGAGGAUGCUGUAUCGGUCUCAAGUGGUUGGUCCGAGGAUAGUGACGAAAGCACAACCGCUGCCAGCCAAGCACAAAGAUAUUCGACUGCAGUCGCAGCUGCCAGCCGACGGGACUCAGGAGAAAAUGAAGACGAAUCUUGCGACGGGCUCGAUCUCAUCGACGACCCUGAUAUCAGGAACGCGGUGGAGGAUUUCGAUUCAAGAAACUGGACAAUGGAUCAACUAGAGGUCAGCUGUCAGACGCUGUUGGAAGAAUGCUACACGUCCGAAGAUCGACGACGGCGACUGCUCUCGGCGGGGAUGCUGCGUAAGCUGGUGGAGAUCUACCCUUCUGCCCUCAGGUGGUUCCAACGAAACUUGGAGGCUGUCGUCAACGACGGAUUGCCCGGAAUGGUCAAGGGCGUCCUUAAUGCACGCGUUUUCAAAUUGGACAUCCUGUUGGGUAUUCUUGCCCCGGCAAUGGCGGAGUCGAUGACCCAGCUGAACGUUGUUGCACGCGUCCUUCGCCUCAUGAUAUACAGGAUGGAUACGGCUGCACGCGUGAUCGUGUUUCGGUACACCUUCCCCAGAUGGAUAGAACAGUAUCGGGAGCUCCCGGGCGCCAUUGCCACGCACAAACGUAUGACUCUCCUCAUGCAGGGCGCGGAGCUUCGUACGCGAUGGCGACGAAUCAACGCUGACGAGAAGCACGGAUCUCUCCCCCCAAGUUUACUCCAUGCGUACCUAUGCAUCAUUAUGGCCCUCAUCGACAACGACACGUGCCCGAGAUUCUGCCGCAUGAACAGAGUUAAGGUCGUCGGAGCCGGCGGUCUCCUGGCUCUGAGUGUCCAUUUCAAAGCCGGGGACAGGUCUCAGCGGCUCGCUUGUCGCAUUCUCCGAGAGCUGGCCCGCGAGCCGUUGCUGAUAUACGAGCUUCUCAAAGCCGGCGUCGCAGAAUAUCUCUCUCGCUUGCUGCCUAAGCUGCGGGAGGCUUCCAUUGACAGGUUGUUGGAGGCACUCGACGCUGUCGACUCUAUGGCUUUUAGCGCCAUGAGGUUCUGCAAGCUGAGAUCUGCAAAUCCCAGUCGAGGGCAAGGAAACUCGGCCCUUAUUGCUGCACUGAUAGCGGACGGUAGCAGCAUAGGGGGGCUAGAGUCGGAGAUCAGGCUACCAGAUGGCGACAAGGUGGAGGAUAGCGUAAGAGAGCAGCUGGGACUCCCGAAUCUUGUGGCUAUUCUGACCGGUCUGCUAGGGGAGACAGACGCCCAACUGUACCUUGCCGGAGUAGUUAUACUGGGCAAGGUAUCGAUGACUGCGCGAACCUGUUCCAUUCUGCCGUUUCAUGCUUUGGUUACUAGUAAAGCCUCGACAUCUGAUGCUUCAUGGGCCUACGAGUGUAGGACGGUUGUAAGUCGUGAACCCAACGUUUGGUGCUACUCUCGCUGGGUUGUCCAGCUGGCAACCACCGUAUGCUACCACAGUGUGCUGCAAGAGAUGUUAGCAUACGCUGGAAGGGCGCUUGAGCUUCUGGUUCAGGGCGUGCAGAGCCAAGAGGAGAUAGUUCCAGACAUGUCCCUGGCGCUUUUCUUGCAGCUCUGCUCUCGCCAAGAAGGUCGAGAUGGUAUCGAGGCAACGGACGGAAUGACGAUGCUACGGCCCCUCAUAUCCGGCGCCCAGGCUCAAGACAGCCCGGUAUUCUUGCGCGGGCUCGCUUGCGCCGUAGCCAUCGCCCGGCAGGGGGCCCCGGGGUCCGCGCCCGGCUCCACCGGCGAAGGCGCGACGCCAUCGGCCACCGCGCCCCCGGGAUUGUCGCUUCCAAAAGCCGGUGGUGUUGGUCGCUCGGGCCCCCCAAAGCCGCACCCUCUCGACUUUGAGGGCAAGCUGUACGACGACCUCGUGGGCAUCCUUGACGCGCCCCCGCCAGCGCCUCUGAACGCUGUCCGCGGGCUGGUGCGCAUGGGUUCGCUGGAGGCGGUGAUGCGGUUUCUCGUGCGAGAAGACGACGGAGAAGAAUACGGCACUGAUGAUGACGAGAGCGUCAUACUGUCGGGCGGGGGCGGGGCAGGUAGAACCAGGAGGAAGCCCGGCGGCCGCUCGAGUGGCCCCCACUUCUUCAGGCUGACGCAGCGACACGCUUGCCUCGGGGCGGUGGCCUUGCACGGCCUCGCGGUGCUCGCCGGUCCGCACCCGGCCAUCAUAACAGGCCCUACGCUGCGCUAUCUCUGUUACUCGAUCCAGAUUGCCUACAUUGACCUCACCGUGGGGACGCUAGCCCCCGGGGUGGACUACCCCCUGAUGUUCCGAAGCAUCCAGCUCGCUUGCCGUGCCUUGGCAUUUCUGGCGACGAGUGGUGCGACGGGAGCCCCUCUCUUAGGAGAUGGGGAACCGGAGAAUCGUACGGUGGACUUCGGUCGUGGACAGGCGGAGGAUGCCCAAGACAGCAAUAGUGUUAUCGUGGACCAUGGGCUUCUACGGCGCGUGGCGGACAGCCUGCUUUCGACGACAGCCAUCAACGAGGUCGCUUGCUUAGCGCAGAUGCCGUCGCGGGUGGCUUGGGCUGGAGAUGAGGGACACAUGUAUCGACACCUGGAGCGCACCGUGAGCUCUGCGGCGAUUCUUGUCGCGGGCGUUUGCCCUGUGCCUGCCGGGGAGCGAGAUCCGUUCACAAGGUUUGACGAGCCAGAAGACGAGUCUUUGAGUCUUCAGCUCUGUCAGCCUCUCAUGGAGCGUUUGGUCGCUACCGUGGGAGGGUCGCUGUGCUCGACGCUGAUGGUGGCCGAAAGUCUGGAGAUCAUCGCCUUUGCCUGCCGCGCGCUGGCCAAGCUUUCGGACGCCAACACGACGGUACAGAUGCUCCUCGACACCCAUGACGUCAUGAAAGCAGUAAUUCGCCUCGGCCCGAGGGCCCCAGCCGUCCUGCCGGUGGCUGCCCAUUCCGAGCGAGAGCAGGUCCGGCGAGGCGGAAGCCUUUCGCCGAGUAGGUCGGCUCGUUCGAAUCACGGGGAAGGGAGGCUGCUACCAGCAAGCCCAGAACCUUUGAAAUCUACGACAAACCCUGGUGGUGAACAGGCACAGACAACGGCGACAGAAACAAGAGAAUCUAGCGUGGCCAGCGAACGAGGAGAAAACGCACCCCGACGAAGGGGAGAUUGUGUGGGGCGGAAGGGCUUCGGGGGUUGCAGCGAUGGGCGCUCUGCUCCCCAGCCCCCAUGCAGCGGGUACGAUGUUCGCGAAGGAGAGAUGGCAGAUGCGUCAACACGGAAGCUUUGCUCUCUUCCUUUCGACUACUUCCGUCUAGUUGCGAACAUCGCGCGGGUGCCGUCGGGUCGCGCGGUCGUCCAGAGCAGUGGCACUCUCAAGCGCUGCCUCGAGAGGCUGGCUCUCGACGUAUCGGGCUGUCCGGCGGCUAGACUCGCAACGCUGCGCUGCCGAAGCGAAAUUUGCGUCCUCAUCGGUCGCAUGGCUGGCACGUGCGACCGUAAAACUGGCGCCGCGAACGAAUUCAUACUACACCCUCGGUACCAAACUCUGACGGUGCUGCUCGGGAUGCUGGCCACCCCUGCUGAGCACGGUAGGCUGUUCGGAGCGACGAGGAUGCACAUCGAGUUGGCAAGACAUAACGCAGCGUAUGCUCUCGGCGCGAUCUGCACGGACACAAUCAGAUCGGUUCCCAUGGUAGCAGAUGCGGGAGGUAUACAUCUUGCGUGCAGUGUUGCCACCGACGUUAACUCGCCGAUGCCGCUGCUCAAGCAGAAAUCAACCUGCUCCUCCCUCCGUGUCGAAUUGGGCACGAUCUCCACAAACCGUCCAUACUUCAAACAAAUUCCAAAGGUCUUGAGAAUACUCCACGGUGCUGGGUCAUUCCCGGACGGAGUCUACGCCUCUCUAAUUGCGGACCCGCCGGUGCUUCGUUCGUUGAAUCGAAUCGCGAACAACGCUUACCCGGGCUUCCGACCGGAAACGACUAGCGGCCGGGAUUCUCGCCCAACCUCAUCGGCCUCGUCAAGAAAAAGAGCACAAACUCCGCCGGUGAUGAAACCAAGAGGGGACGGUGCAGGUGGAAAGGUAGAUGCCCGGGAACGCAUGCCAGUUAAUUCAAUGCCAAGCCUCCUCAAGCCGCGCAGCGCCGAGUCUCGACUGAUCUCAGAUUUAGCGACAGAGGUUGCCUACCUUGUUGGGGCCCGCGUCAAUAAGUGCGGCUCACCCAGGAUCCCCGCAUCUCCACCCGGACCGGGAGAAAAGGCAAUACUAGGUAGGCACCAAAAAGCACGGUUCUUGGCCUCCGAAGACACCGCCGAAGCCACAGAAGCACGGCUCGAACCGGGUCAAAAACGCGCACAGGCCGAAGGCAAUCAUCCUCCUCUCACGGAUUCCGCCGCGGCCGUGGAAUCCAGAGGUGGGCAUGCACGCAUCGGGAAGACAUCACAUAGUUUGUCAACGUCGACCACUGCUGCAGAGAAGGCGGUUUCAGGGAGACCCGGAACGUACUCGGGGUGUGGGGUGACCAGCUGUAAAGGGUUAGGAUUCACCGGGGAGCACGGCGACGUAUCUGGAAACACACCGCACGCCGCCUUUAAAGUUCGAAACGACGACCGCGGGAAGCGUGGUGGCGAAAGCGAAGCUUGCGGUACCGCCAAGAAACAAACACCAGCUGUACACCUUGGCAGCGACAACGCUGGCGCGCAAGUACACGACAGUCGCGGUUCGAUUGCUGAAGCGCAGCCUGGGGGGGAGUCGAUUGCUGCGGCGGAGUCGAUUGCUGAGUCGCCCGGUGUUGUCACGGCGACACCGCUGGCUUUGCUGAGCGCGAGGGAAGCAAACUUCCGGCACGAGCUCAUCCACAGAAAAGAACACUACAGUCUGGGUGGAACGAGGAAGAAAGGAGUCGGGCAAGGCAAGGAGGAGGGGGGGGGAUCACUACAGGCCCUAGCAACCAUCGAGAGGCCCGGCGGGAUGCCUGAGGCCGCGAAGAGAGGGCGCUCGAUCGAAGCGUCUCGGCGAUCCCAGUCUAGAAGUAGAAAGUUGAGAGGGAGAUCGCCCGCUCCUGUUGAUAUCGUCCAGAGCCCGCUCAUCGCGAGCACCCGACCAACGGGCUUUCCCCCCGGAUCGGAAUGCCGACCGGGCCCCGAGAAAAGUAAGGCUGACCGUGGAUGCCGACAUGGGGUGGAUAGACAGGAGCCGGAACAAAAUACCGUGAGUUCCGGAAGCAAAUGUGCUCCUGGAGGGAAAGAAUUCGUCAAGUUUGCACGACCGGCCGCACACUGGUCGGUGACGAACAGCUUGAGUGCUAGCCCCGGUCGAAGUCGGAGCAAGGCGGUUCGUAUCCCCAAUUCAACCGAAGCGGGUGGCGUGGGUGUGAUUGGAAGGUUUGCGUCCCGAGGGUACCUCCUUGAUCCAACUUUUCAGGACCAAAACCCCGUCAUCCCGCACCCGCGUCUACCGCUAAUCGGCGGGUGGGGCGGGCGGGGCUUCAGCCAAGUACCGGACGGUUCGACCUUAGCCGAACUUGUCACGUCGCCUGCGGCCAAGGGUGGUGCGAAGGGGACCGAGCCGUACCGGAACAGUGUCGAGGUUUUGCGUCACAGGGUGAGCGUAUCGGGUGAAAGGAAGGCGGGCAAGCAAACCUGCUUUGACGAGCAAGGCCUGCCGUUGUCGCCAGGAAAACUGUAG